GAAUUCAGUUGAAAAAGGCGCGUUGUUCGAACCGGGCAUCAACAUUUUUUAGCGGUUUAUUUUCAACAGAAAAAAAAACAAAUAUAAAUAAAAACUCAGCUAAACAAACCUCAUGUAAUUGAAACAUUCAAACGUAAAUUGUAAAUACUUUGUAUGAUCAAAGAAAAAAGUGUGAAGACAAAAAUAAAAUAAUAGAAGAAACUAAAGCAAAAGAAGAGCAAAACGAUAGACAAGUAAAAUACCAUACCAUGGCCAUAGAGUCACGCUCUACGGGCACUGCAAGUGAUACCACAAAACCCGCCAUAAAAUCAACCAUAAGUUCGAAAUCUCCAGUGACACCCAGCAAUCUCAGCGAGAAAAGAAGGGCCGAACAGCUGUUCCGCUGCGCCUGCGCCAAUUUCAAUCUACUGCUGCUGACUUUAAUACUCGGAUUUGGCAAAUGCUGCACUGCCACGCCCACGCCACUCAGUCCGCCCUCAACGGACACGCCCACCGCUGCAGUUAGCCCACAUAGUCCACAAACACUGGACGAGGGCGGAUCGCUGAGCAAACUGAUCGAUGGCAAGGCCUUCAUCAACAUGGGCUUCAAGUUCCUGAACGUUUCCGGAAAGAUUGGCACACCGCUCGGCAUAGGGCAAUCCCUGGAGCCCAAGUGCGAUGAGAAGCAGUUCCAGUGCCAGAGCGGCGACUGCAUCCCCAUUCGAUUCGUUUGCGACGGCGAUGCGGACUGCAAGGAUCACAGCGAUGAGCAGAUUAAGGAGUGCAAGUUCAUAGAGGCCACUUGCUCGUCGGACCAAUUCCGCUGCGGGAAUGGCAACUGCAUACCGAACAAAUGGCGCUGCGAUCAGGAGAGCGAUUGUGCCGAUGGCUCCGACGAAGCCAACGAGUUGUGCAGAGCCCGCACCUGUUCACCGGAUGAAUACGCCUGCAAGAGCGGCGAGGGGCAGUGUGUUCCUUUGGCCUGGAUGUGCGACCAGAGCAAGGACUGCAGCGAUGGCUCCGAUGAGCACAACUGCAACCAGACCUGUCGCGCCGACGAGUUCACCUGCGGCAAUGGGCGGUGCAUCCAGAAGCGGUGGAAGUGCGACCACGACGACGACUGUGGCGACGGAUCGGAUGAGAAGGAGUGCCCGGUGGUGCCCUGCGACUCCGUGGCGGAGCACACCUGCACGAAUGGAGCCUGCAUCGCCAAGCGGUGGGUCUGCGACGGCGAUCCGGACUGCUCCGACGGCUCCGAUGAGCGGUCCUGUGCGAAUGUGACCAAGACGACCACGCCUUGCCUGCCGCACGAGUACCAGUGCAAAGACCGCAUCACCUGCCUCCAUCACAGCUGGCUCUGCGAUGGUGACCGCGACUGUCCCGACGGCGAUGACGAGCACACGGCGAACUGCAAGAAUGUUACCUGUCGGGCGGAUCAGUUCCAGUGCGGCGAUCGCAGCUGCGUUCCGGGUCAUCUCACCUGCAACGGGGACAAGGAUUGCGCCGAUGGCAGUGACGAGCGGGAUUGUGGACUUAGUCUGAGUUUGGGAGUGGCCCAAGGGACAUGCAACACCACCAGUGAAUUCGACUGUGGAGGAGGUCAAUGCAUUCCCCUCUCGAAGGUCUGCGACAAGCGGAAGGAUUGUCCGGAUGGCGAGGAUGAGCCCGCUGGCAAGUGCGGGAUCAACGAGUGUGCCUCCAAGAACGGAGGAUGCAUGCACCAGUGCGUGGAUCUGAAGGUGGGUCACCACUGCCAGUGCCACGAGGGCUACACUUUAUCCUCGGAUAAGAGAAACUGCCAGGACAUCAACGAGUGCGAUGUCCCCGGACGGUGCUCCCAAAUCUGCAUCAACGAAAUUGGAGGCUUCAAGUGCGAGUGCGAGGCGGGCUAUAUGAGGGAUCCCAAGAAUCACACCAGGUGCAAGGCCAGCGAAGGACAUGCCUCGCUGCUCCUGGCCAGGCGUCAUGAUAUCCGGAAAAUAGCCCUCGACCACAUGGAAAUGACUUCCAUAGUGAACAGUACAAAGGCAGCCACUGCCCUGGACUUUGUGUUCCGCACGGGGAUGAUCUUCUGGAGCGAUGUGACCACGCAGAGUAUCUACAAGGCUCCCAUUGAUGAGGGUAAUGAGAAAACGGUGGUGCUGACCAAAUCCUCGGUGACCUCGGAUGGCCUGGCUGUGGACUGGAUCUACAACCACGUCUACUACACGGACACCCACAAGUGCACCAUCGAACUGACCAACUUCGAGGGCACUAUGGGCAAGGUCCUGGUGGAGGACUCUCUGGACAUUCCGCGUUCCAUUGCCCUGGAUCCCAUUGAGGGAUGGAUGUACUGGUCCGACUGGGGCGCCUCUCCCCGCAUCGAAAGAGCGGGAAUGGAUGGCUCCCACCGCACCACCAUCAUUAGCUACGAUGUCAAAUGGCCCAAUGGUAUUACCUUGGAUUUGGUGCGAAAGCGCAUCUACUGGGUGGACGGAAAACUCAACGUCAUCUCAUCGGCGAACUACGAUGGCUCCCAGAGGAGCCAGGUUCUCUAUUCCGGCGAGUACCUGCGUCAUCCCUUCUCGAUCACCACCUUCGAGGAUUACGUCUACUGGACCGACUGGGACAAACAGGCGGUGUUCAAGGCCAACAAGUUCACCGGAGAGGAUGUGGAGCCCGUCACUGCAAUGCACAUGCUCCAGCAUCCGAUGGUAGUCCACGUAUACCAUCCGUACCGCCAGCCAGAUGGCGUGAAUCACUGCCAGUCGGUGAAUGGCCACUGCUCUCAUCUCUGCCUGCCAGCUCCCAGGAUCAAUGACCGGAGUCCUCGCAUUUCCUGCGCCUGUCCCACGGGUCUGAAGCUGAUGGCCGAUGGCCUCAUGUGUGUCGAAGAUCCUCUUUAUGUGGCUCCAGUCACGAAACCCCCACGAGCCCGCAAAACGAAACCCAGACCGAAAUCCCCGCGACGACGACUGCCCACGGGUGUCCAAGUGGGUCAUGCUGACAUUCGGAUCGGGAUUAACGAUGAUCUCCAGCUGAGCACCAGGCUGCCCCUGUUGGCCACGACUUUCGUUGCCGACCAGCGUCCAGUGAAGAACCAGACCCAAAUCGAAAAGACCACAACGCCCAGUGAGCAGCCGGAUUCCGGCUUUAUUGCGCUGGUGGUCAUAGCCAGUCUCAGUGGGUUGGCAGUCCUGCUAUCGGUGCUCCUGCUCAUUGGUUACCGCUACUGCAGCAAGCGACGCAUCAACUCGAUGAACUUUGAGAAUCCCAUCUACCGCAAAACCACCACCACAGAGGAUCAUUUCAGUCUCCGGAAAAACCUACCGGCACGGAUUUACGAUCACACCAGUGUCAUGGAUGAGGAGUACUCCCCCGUCAUAGGCAUAUCCUCGUAUUAGAUUGAUUCCUUUGGAAUCGUGUGAGAUGUGAAUUGGAUGAUUCUUUCGCUUGGUCGCUGGACAAAUUGAAUGACCAAAGCUAACUCGAGACCCGCGGCAGAAAAACACACGCCUGAAGACUGAGCAACUCUGUGUAUUGUGUAAAUUAAUUAUUUUAAAUUUUAAAAUUUUAAGACACGGCAAGGACGACGGGUCACCUUGGGGCGCAUCCUCAAAGGAUGCUGUACAAAAUACUAUGUCGCAGAGUUCUAUCACAAAAAAACAAAAAGAAAAAUUACAGUAACGAGAAACGUAAAACACAAAAAUGAGAAGUUUAAGUGAAAUCUAAUUGCUAAUUAUAAAUUACAUAGUUCCAAACUGUAUAUAGCUGUAAGUGUGCAUUAUUUUUAAAUGAAGCAAAUUAACAUUACUAUACGUAAACAUGACAAAAGGAUCAUAAUGCUUAUGGUCGGUCUACUAUUAGAGAGAGUUGAGAAAUUAUAUUUCUGUUGUCGAGGAGCAGAAUCGUUUUAUUAUAUUACCAUUAUUACUACAUACGUAUUAGCCUUUUGUUAACUGUAUUUGUUAAGUGUACAUACAUAUGUAUAUGUUUCCCCACUAAAAAAAAUAUGAAGAAUAAUAAACUCAGAAUAUACUUAUGUGUAGCGUA